UUUCAAGUCUUCUUCUUCAACCCUUUCUCUACGUCGAUCUUCACUGACAAAUAAAUAAUAUCCUCUGAUUCUAAAAUCCUCUCGCUCUCCAGUAGUAGUGCUACUGCUACAUAUAAAAACCCUUGCACCAAAAAAAAAAAAAACUCUCUCUUUCUUAUUUAAUUUAUGAUUAGAAUGGAUAGUGGGAAUAAUAACGCGAACACGGUGCCUCCAUUUCUAAGCAAGACCUACGACAUGGUAGACGACCCGUCGACGGAUUCAGUGGUGUCGUGGAGUAGCAGCGAUAACAGUUUUGUGGUCUGGAAUGUCCCAGAGUUUCAAACAGAUCUUUUGCCUAAAUACUUCAAGCACAGCAACUUCUCCAGCUUUGUCAGGCAAUUGAAUACUUACGGUUUCAGGAAGGUUGAUCCUGAUCGCUUUGAAUUUGCGAAUGAGGGGUUCUUAAGGGGCCAAAAACACCUUCUGAGGAGUAUAUCUAGGAAAAAAACUGUUCAUGGUAACCUACCACCUCAGAGCUCUUCGGUUACCACAUGCGUUGAGGUUGGGAAGUUUGGGCUUGAGGAAGAGGUUGAAAGACUUAAACGAGACAAAAAUGUUCUCAUGCAGGAACUUGUUAGACUGAGGCAGCAGCAGCAAGCCACAGAUCACCAGUUGCACACUGUGGGCCAACGUGUACAGGGAAUGGAGCAGCGACAGCAACAAAUGAUGUCAUUCCUUGCGAAGGCCAUGCAGAGUCCAGGCUUCUUAAGUCAGCUUGUACAGCAGCAAAAUGAAAGCAACAGACGCAUUGCUGGUGCUAGUAAAAAGAGGAGACUUCCAAGGCAGGAGGAAGAGAAUUUGGCUGGUGUGCAAUGCAAAACAUCUCCUAAUGGGCAGAUUAUCAAAUUCCAUUCUUCAAUGAAUGAAGCAGCAAAAGCAAUGUUGCACCAGAUCCUGAAGAUGAACUCAUCACCUAGGCUGGAACCAUCGAUGAACAAUUCUGGUCCCUUACUGAUCGAUAAUCAUCCUUCGUCCAAUGGAUUAGACAGUGGGAGCUCUUCAACUCGGAUGUCAGGAGUGAUGCUUUCAGAGGUUCCAACAGCUUCUGGGCCAUCAUACUUGCCUAUGGAAACUGGGUUCCCAGCCAGCCAUUCAACUACUGCCAUUUCUGAGGUCCCAUCUCCUGCUUCUGUGGCAACCGACUAUAUUAAAACAGAUUAUACUGCUGAGAUGGGCAUGCAUAAUUCUGGGCAAAAUACCAUCCUGCCCAACUUCACUGCAAUGACAGGAAUUGUGCCCGGAGGCUCAGCUGGAGGUCCUAACAUGAAUAUUGCAAGGUCUGAGAAGGGGAAUGCAGAGUUUUUUGACACCAUGUCAUCUGUGUUGGAUGCGCCAGUGCCUGUAGAAACUGAAGCUCUCUCUCCCAGCCAGGAUGAGGAAGUCUUUCUGGAUGGAAACCAUAAGCUUCCUGGCAUUAAUGAUGUGUUCUGGGAACAAUUUCUUACAGCAAGCCCACUCAAUGGGGAGACAGAUGAAAUUAAUUCAUGCUCUCCAGAAAGUAGCAUGAGCAAGGAGCAUGAAUUGCAAUCAUGGCAGGACAAUGGAUGGGACAAUAUUCAACAUAUGAAUCGUCUAGCUGAACAAAUGGGGCUUCUUACACCGGAAAGCUGAAAAGGGUGAUACUUCCCAAGUGUAUAUAAGUUUGUUACUAUUCAGAGAGUUGGUGCUCUGCUGCUGGGGAGCAGACAGCCUUUGAUCCAGCCUUUUGAUCAAAGGGGGACGACGAAACCCCUUUUUAUUUUUAUUUUUUGAAGAGAAACGUUUGACUUUGUUUUGUUUACCUUUACUUGGUAUGUGUACCAAAUAAUUUAGCUUUUUUGCUUGGUUUUCUAGGAAAUCCAACUUUAGGGCUUAAAUAUUACAACAUCUAUGAAAUCUGUCUCCAAUGUCCCCUCCCUCCUUUGGAGGGUUUUAUAGAUGGAAAAAAUACAAAUAAAAACCUUAAUCCAUCUUGUGUU